UGUAAUAUUCCAUUAAAUACUCGAUAUAUUUUAAAUCAACAAAUUAAAAAAUGGACAAGGACAAAAGUACUAUGCUUGCUCUGUUACAGCUACUUCAUAAAUACAAUUUUAAGGAUACCGAAGAAUUAUUUAGAAAAGAGGCUAAUCUUAUUGACGUAUCGAUUGAAGAUGCUCAACAAAGUGAUUCGGAAGUUAAUAGUGUGUUAUCAGCAUAUAAGAGCGAAGGUGAUCCGGCUCUUUAUGAAAAAUCCUAUGGAGAACUUAAAAAAUUUGUUGAAGGAUCAUUAGAUAUUUACAAACAUGAAUUAGGAACAAUUUUAUAUCCAGUAUUAGUACACAUGUACUUGGAACUUAUAUAUAAUAAUCACUCUGAUGAAGGAAAACAACUUGUUGAAAAGUAUAGUCCUAAUUUAGAAGAAUAUUAUCAAAAUGACUUGAAAAAACUAUCGCACGUAACGAAACGUGAACAUAUGGCUGGUAAUGAAUUAACUGAUACAUUUAAAUCAAAUCAAUUUAUAAUCAGAAUGUCUCGCGAUACUUUAUCAAUAUUAAAACGAUAUUUACAAGAAAAAAAACAUAGUAUUUUAUUGAAUAUAAUACAGGAGCACUUGUAUUUUGACAUGUACGAAGGUGUUGCAAGAAAUAAGAAUCAAAUCGAAGCAACUUCUGGUGCUCUUGUAGGAGAAGCAACUAGACAAGAUAAUAAAGCAAAAGUUUAUUAUGGACUUUUGAAAGAGCCAGAUAUUCAAUGUGUUCCUCCAUCGGUUACCGAAGAAGAAGAAGAAGACAAUGGUGGGCCUGAUUCUGACAAACCAAAGAAAAAAAAGCCUAAGAAAGACCCACUAUUUUCUAAAAAAACUAAAUCAGAUCCUAACGCUCCUCCAAUUGGAAGAAUGCCUUUACCUAAUUUAAAAGAUGUUGAUAAACUAGAAAAGAUUAAGGCAUUGAGGGAAGCCUCUAAAAGAGUUGUACUAGGUCCUGAUAGUUUACCAUCCAUAUGUUUUUACACUUUAAUGAAUUCCGUAAAUACAGUUAUAUCAGCUGAAAUUGCAGAAGAUUCAAGCUUAUUAGCAGUCGGUUUCAAUGAUUCUGCAAUUAAGGUUUGGAGUUUAGUUCCCCAAAAAUUAAGAAUAAUGAAAGAUGGUGAGCAAUUAGCAGAUGUUGAACGUGAAGCUGAGGAUGUUUUAGUGAGAAUGAUGGAUGAGAAGACAGCAGAAACAGUUCGUACAUUAUACGGGCACAGUGGGCCUGUUUAUUGUUUAUCAUUCAGUCCAGAUAGAAAUUUAUUACUCUCGUGCGCAGAAGAUGGCACAGUAAGAUUAUGGUCUCUUCAUACAUGGACUUGCGUUGUUUGCUACAAGGGUCAUUUAUUUCCUGUAUGGUCAGUCAAAUUCUCUCCUCAUGGUUAUUACUUUGCAACAGGUUCACAUGAUAAAACAGCAAGGCUUUGGGCAACCGAUUCCCACCAACCACUUAGAAUAUUUGCUGGUCAUUACUCAGACGUGGAUGUUGUACAAUUUCACCCUAAUUCAAAUUAUAUAGCUUCAGGAUCUAGUGAUAUGACAAUUCGUUUAUGGGAUUGCGUUUCCGGUAAUCAAGUGAGACUAAUGACAGGUCAUAAGGCUCCUAUAUAUUCUUUAGCUUUUUCGGCUGAAGGAAGAUUUCUAGCGUCUGCUGGGGCAGAUUCACGGAUAUUAAUAUGGGAUCUUGCACAUGGACAUUUAGUCGCGGCACUCCCGAGCCACACAGCAAGUGUAUAUUGCCUUUCAUUUAGUAGGGAUGGAAACAUUCUUGUAUCUGGUUCCUUAGAUUGUUCGAUUAAACUCUGGGAUUUUACAAAAUUAGCCGAAGAGAUGAGCUUAGAAGAUGUAAAUGUUUCGCAUAAUCCUGAUGUCAAAACAUGCACUGAAUCAUACUUAUUAAGAAGUUUUGGUACAAAAAAUUCACCUAUUCUUGCAUUACAUUUUACAAGAAGAAAUUUAUUAUUUGGUAUUGGAAGGUUCGAUGCAAGCUAAUACUUCCAGUAUUUUGUACAUAUUCACUUAUUCGUAAUGUAAUAAAUCUUUUUUAUAUUAGAUA